AUGGCCACCAUUCCCCACCAGUGGAGCACCUUUUCUCUCUCUAUCAUCCUUCUCUCCAUCACCCUCUUCGAAAACCUAACCCCCAAUUCCUCUCCGCCCUCUCCCAACUACAUCGUGGCCUUCCGCCACUACGCCGCCGCCGACCGCCACCGCGCAUACCUCGAAUCCGCCCUCCGUCCUGCGGGAUGGCGCUGGAUCCCGCGGUUGAACCCGGCGGCGCAUUUCCCCACCGAUUUUGGGCUGGUCGCGAUCGAGGACCCGGAGGUGGUCGACGAGAUUCGGGGACUGGGGUCGGUUAAAUAUGUGAGCUUGGACCUGAGCUACAAGAGGGGUUUGAUGACGAAGGGUCAGGAGCGCAAUAAGAAGGUUGGGGCGUUCGAGGAUGGGACGAAGAAGCGCCCCGGGAAGAUCUUCACUGCGAUGUCGUUUUGCGAGGCUGAAGAAGAAGAUGAAAAAAAUGUUGGCAAUCGCAGCAGUUCCGUCAAGUGGGGGCGGGAAUUGUUGAUGCAGAGAUCACAAGUUACUUCAAUGUUUGGGGCUGAGGAUCUUUGGGCGAAAGGGUACACUGGUGCGAAGGUCAAGAUGGCUAUAUUUGAUACUGGCAUUAGGGCUGAUCACCCUCAUUUUCGUAACAUCAAGGAGCGUACUAAUUGGACCAAUGAAGAUACAUUAAAUGAUAACCUUGGACACGGGACUUUUGUUGCGGGUGUAAUUGCUGGUGUAGAUUCUGAGUGCCUUGGUUUUGCACCAGACACAGAGAUUUACGCCUUUCGAGUGUUCACUGAUGCACAGGUAUCAUAUACAUCAUGGUUCCUUGAUGCAUUCAACUAUGCAAUUGCAACCAAUAUGGAUGUGCUAAAUUUGAGCAUAGGUGGACCUGAUUACAUGGAUCUCCCGUUUGUUGAAAAGAUAUGGGAGAUAACAGCAAAUAACAUAAUCAUGGUUUCUGCAAUUGGAAAUGAUGGACCACUCUAUGGAACUCUGAACAAUCCAGCAGAUCAAAGUGAUGUCAUCGGUGUUGGUGGUAUUGACUAUAGUGACCAUAUAGCCUCCUUUUCCUCACGUGGCAUGAGUACCUGGGAGCUUCCACAUGGUUACGGCCGCAUUAAGCCAGACAUAGUUGCAUAUGGACGGGACAUUAUGGGAUCAAAAAUUAGUGCAGGUUGUAAAAGUUUAUCAGGAACUAGUGUUGCGAGUCCUGUAGUUGCUGGUGUUGUAUGUUUGCUUGUCAGUAUCAUUCCUGAACCUGAGAGAAAAAGUAUCUUAAACCCAGCAAGCAUGAAACAAGCAUUGGUUGAGGGUGCUGCAAAGCUUUCUGGGCCUAACAUGUAUGAGCAGGGUGCUGGCAGAGUUGAUCUGUUAGAAUCAUAUAAGAUUCUUAAGAGUUACAAACCUAGGGCAAGCAUCUUUCCCAGUGUUCUUGAUUAUACAGAUUGUCCUUACACAUGGCCCUUUUGUCGUCAGCCACUUUAUGCAGGUGCCAUGCCUGUCAUCUUCAAUGCCACCAUUUUGAAUGGAAUGGGUGUUAUUGGAAAUGUUGAAAGUCCACCAACAUGGCAUCCUUUCGAUGAAGAAGGGAAUCUUCUAAACAUACAUUUUACUUAUUCUAAGCUCAUUUGGCCUUGGACUGGUUAUUUGGCUCUUCACAUGCAAAUCAAGGAAGAAGGUGCACAGUUUUCUGGUAAGAUUGAAGGUAAUGUGACUCUCAAGGUUUCUAGCCCCCCGGCUCAAGGGGAGAAGGACCCUCGAGUUAGCAUCUGUGUGCUUCAUUUAACGUUAAAUGUGGUGCCAACACCACCUCGAUCUAAACGAAUAUUGUGGGAUCAGUUUCACAGUAUCAAAUACCCACCUGGUUAUAUUCCUAGAGAUUCCUUGGAUGUUCGUAAUGACAUUCUUGACUGGCAUGGGGAUCACCUGCACACAAAUUUUCACAUCAUGUUCAACAUGUUACGAGAUGCUGGUUACUAUAUUGAAACACUUGGCUCACCUCUUACAUGCUUUGAUGCUCAGCAUUAUGGAACACUUCUGUUGGUGGAUCUUGAGGAUGAGUAUUUUGCUGAGGAGAUUCAAAAACUGAGAGAUGAUGUUGUAAAUACUGGAUUGGGAUUAGCUGUCUUUGCUGAGUGGUAUAAUGUAGAUUCUAUGGUAAAGAUGAGAUUCUUUGAUGACAAUACACGGAGUUGGUGGACCCCAGUCACUGGAGGUGCUAAUAUUCCUGCACUGAAUGAUCUUUUGGCACCAUUUGGGAUUGCUUUUGGAAAUAAGAUUCUGAAUGGUGAUUUUUCACUUUUGGGUGAGCAGAAUCGUUAUGCAUCUGGGACAAAUAUAGUGAGGUUUCCAAGCGGUGGAUAUGUUCAUAGCUUUCCCUUCUUAGAUAGUUCAGAAAGUGGAGCCACAAAGAAUGUGCUGCUAACUUCUGGCUCAACCAAGGCAGAUUCUCCAAUUCUUGGUCUCACGGCAAUGGGUGAAGGUCGCAUAGCUGUGUAUGGAGACUCCAAUUGUUUGGACAGCAGUCAUAUGGUUACGAAUUGUUUUUCCCUUCUUAGGAAAAUGCUAGAUUUUACCAGUGAAGAUAUUAGAGAUCCAGCACUUUUCUCUGAUUCAAAUAAACAAGACUCUCCCUUAUAUGAAGCUGACAAUCAGUUACCAUCCCGCAGAACUGAUGUAAAUUUCUCUGCAUAUUCAGGUAUUGUGGGUAAGGAAUUGAUAUGCAGGACUGACACAAGGUUUGAAAUCUGGGGAACUAAGGGCUACAGAUUGCAAGUCAGAGGAAGAAACAGAAGACUGCCCGGUGUUCCUGUCAUUGAUUUGGGGAGGGGUUUCAAUUCAUCCUCUGUUACUUCUAACUUUAGGCGGCCUAGGUUGACUGUAAGAAACAAGGAUGAUUCUCUGGGGAACAGGUACUUAGGCCUGUUCUAUGGAGAUGAGCCUGAUGCACCUCUACUGGUUCUUGGUCACUGGAUGGUUCCUGUUGUGGUUGCAGCAACAGGUGUUUUGCUACUAAGUUUUUGGCGCAUUCGCCAAAAGAGACGUAGACGAAGGAAAGGAUCAAGUUCUGGUAGAUUGGCCAAUAUAUAG